GGCAAAAACGAGUGCGCUGUAAUUGCUGCAGUCACAGGCUGAGCAGCCGAUGCCUCGCACGGACCUCUCUGCUGCCUCGGUCUCUAGCGUCCUUCACCCCCUCCUCCUCCUGCACUCCCUCCAUCAUCUUCUCCUCCUCCUCCUCCUCCUCUCCCUCGUCCUCCUUUUUUACCGGCAGCUGUCAUCGUCCCCCACUUCUCUCCUCCUCAUCCGCGCGUUCGGAUUGAUGGAUGUGGAAGAUGGCUCCCCACGCGCAGCUAAGGACAAAUCCCACAUGCCACCGCUGGACUGAUUAACACGCAGGAGCGGACGAAGAGAGAGAGAGAGAGAGAGAAGAGAGAGAAGAGAAAGAAAGAGGGAGAGAGAGAGAAGAGGAUUUAUUUUGUGUCAUAGUGACGUCCAGAGGCAUACGAGGAGAAGAGAAGCAGAAGAGGAACGUAGAGAAGCAGAGAGAGAGAGAGAGAGAGAGAGCUCGGAAGCCAACUUGGACAAUUUUCCACUUCUCUCUGGAGACCCAUUGUAUUGCGACAAAACUCUGCGUGCUUGUUCGAACGGGCUUGUGUGUGCGAGUGUACGAGUGUGUGUGUUUAUGUGAGUGUCAGUGACCGCUAGACUGGACACACGCUGACUUCAAGGCACAGCUGUGCUGUCCAGCCCCACGUGACUGUUGUUUGUUUGUGUGUGUGUGCAUAUGUGUGGUCUGUGUGUGUGUAUGUGUGUGUAUUGGUUAUCCUUGGGGCAAGGAUUUCUAUCUCCCCCACCACCACCACCACCACCCCGUUAUUGGACACUUCUCCUUGGCUGACCAUUCAACCCCCCCAGUCGAGCAGUCCCAGGCUUUGCUGGACAGUGUGUGGACGAGCCCUCCACCACCGCCCCUUUGCUGGACUUCUUCGCUUGCCUGACCCCGCAACCCAACCUAACCUAAACCAACCCACCUAGUUCUGGCUCCAACCCAGCCCCCUGGUUCCUGGUUCCGGCUGAGGUCCGGAGGAAGAUGCCGGCCCUCCUGGCGGACUCAUCCAAGAUGAAGUCGGGUCUCCCCAAGCCGGUGCACAGCGCACUGCCCAUCCCCCAGAUCCCUACCAGGGCCGUGGCCCCCCAGCCCUGCUCCCUCCUCAAGCCCCCCUACCCCAGCCACCUGCCCCCCUACCCCAGCCACCUGCCCCUGAAGAACCAAGCCGUCAACGUGGCCGGUGGUGGUGGAGGUGUUGGUGGAGGUGGAGGAGGUGGAGGUGGAUAUGCAACCGCCAACAGGACCUCCACACGGAACCACCAUCAGACAACUGACAAUACUGCAAGAGGAGGACGAGCAGGAGCAGGAGCUGGAGCAGGAGGAGCAGGAGGAAUAGGAAUAAAAGAUAUUCAGAUUUACACGGAUUGGGCGAAUCAUUACUUGGCGAAGUCGGGGCAUAAACGACUCAUCAAGGAUUUACAGCAAGACGUGUCAGAUGGAGUGCUGCUUGCGGAAAUCAUUCAGGUCGUGGCCAAUGAGAAGAUUGAAGACAUCAAUGGAUGCCCCAAGAGCCGGUCUCAGAUGCUGGAGAACAUUGAUGCCUGUUUGACUUUUCUGGCAGCCAAAGGUGUGAACAUACAGGGCCUGUCUGCAGAAGAGAUCCGUAAUGGGAAUCUGAAGGCCAUCCUCGGCCUCUUCUUCAGCUUGUCUCGCUACAAGCAGCAGCAGCAGAGCCAGCGACAGCAGCAACACCAGCAGCAGCAGCAGCAGCCAGCUCCCCACCCCCACCUCCAGCCCCAGUCGUCCCAGCCCCAGCAGGCCCAGGCCCAGCAGUCCCAGGCAGCACAGAGCAGCAGCUCCCCUGCCCAGCGCACCCCCUCGCAUGGGCCUGCCGCCACCACUAGCGCCAGCGCCUCUGCCUCCUCCUCUCAGGGUCCCCAGCACGCACAAAAAACCCAGGCAGACAUGCAGUCCAGGGAUGGCUGCCAGAGUAAACUGCUCAAGUUUUCCCUUGGGCAGAAAAAGUCUUCUAGACUCCCCGGCCCCUCGUCCAGGGUGUCCACUGGGGGCAGUGACAGCUCUCCUCGCGGCUCCAUCAGCGCCGUGGGCAACCGCCGGAGCCAGGGCUUCAUUGAGCACAGCAAGUCCAAACCCGUCCCAGCGUUGGCCAAAGACACAUCAGAAGGUGUGACCUCCCAUCCAGCAGCCAUGACCGACCUCGCCUCCUCCACCUCCGGCGGCCCUCUGACCUCCUCCUCCUCCUCCUCCUCCACACCAGCCUCCUCCUCAGCCAUCCCCCAGCCCAGCUCCUCAGCCAGCAAGCCCUGGAGGACCAAGUCCCUCAGCUCCUCCAAGCACACGGCUACCUCCACCACCACCUCCUCCAUGCUCUCGGCCAAGCAGGACUCAGUGACCACCACCACCAGUGGUGGAACCAAUGGAGCCUCCAAGCAGAUGUCGUCUGUGGAGGCUCCGGCUAAGGCAGCGACCCAGAAAUCCAUGCUGGAGAAACUGAAGCUCUUCAAUAGCAAAAGUGGUUCCAAAUCUUCGUCAUCAUCAUCGUCGUCGUCAUCAUCGUCUGCCCCUGUUCAGCAGACACAAGGGGACAAUGUGAGUAACGGUAGUCGUGGUAACAGUAACGGUGCUGCACUGAGGGAUUCUGGGAUCGUGGUGGACCGGGUGGAGUCCGGCUCCAACACGGACCUCCUGGAGGAAGCAGAGGGCAACACACGGCCCAUGAACGGUUCCUCCACCUCCUGCUCCUCCUCUGCCGCCCCACCCGUCACCGUUGCCUUGUCCGCCAGCAGCCCAAAGAUCGCCCUGAAGGGCAUAGCGCAGCGGACCUUCAGCCGAGCGCUGACUGCGAAGAAGAGCUCUGUAAAGAGCGCGGAGAAAGAGAAGGAGAAGGAGCGGGCAAAGGACAAGGACAAAGAUCGCGUGAAGGAGAGCUCCAAGCGCACCUCCAUCCCUGAGCGGGGGGAGACCAGAGAUGGUGAGCCCAGGGAGGAGAGCGGCAGUGGGGUCGGAGGAGGAGGCACGACGGACCCUGAACCCAAACGCUCCUCCAAAAUAGCCAGCUUCAUCCCCAAAGGAGGCAAAGCGGCAGCCUCCAAGAAGGACGGCUCCACCUCUACCACCACCACCACCACGCACAGCGGCAUACCAAAGCCAGGCUCCAAGGCCUCAGGAGCGAAGGGCUCGGGAGCUCCCCCCGGAGGCAAAGAUGGGGAGAGGCCGCGAAGCAUGCGUCUGGGCGGAGGGCUGGCACUGCACAGGGACAGCCGGCACUCCUCCUCCUCCUCCAGCCUGGCCUCCACGGAAGGCAAAGGGCAGCAGCAGAGCCACACCGCCGCUGCCGCCCUGGUGGCCAAUAGCAACGGCGCAACGCAGUCCACAGCCUGCAACACGGUCAGCGUGCAGCUGCCCCAUCCUCAGCAGCAGUACAACCAUCCCAACACAGCCACCGUGGCACCUUUCAUGUACAGCAAAAUGUUAAUGGAUAGGUCCCAGACCGAUGUAGAUGGCAGCAUGUCAUCCGAGAUGGGCGACCCGUCAAGCUACGGCAAGAGCAACCAGACAUCAAUAGAAGAUCUGUCAGGCGAAGACCCCGAAACCAGACGGUUAAGGACCGUGAAGAACAUUGCAGACCUCCGGCAGAACCUGGAGGAGACCAUGUCCAGCCUGAGGGGAACCCAGAUCUCUCACAGCGCCCUGGAGACCACCUUUGACGGCAGUGUCACCACUGAGAUCAGUGGGCGGAGCCUACUGGGCCUGGGUUCGAGGCCGGCACCGCUGUCAUGGCGAGUGGGCCAGGCGAGCCCGCGGCUGCAGGCCGGAGACGCCCCGUCACCGCUGGGCAACAGCUACGGCCGCGGUGGUGGCGUUGGAGCCCCGGGGGGCCAGAGCCGGUUCCUGUACCCGGGAUCGGGAGGCCUCAGGCGGCAGCUGGCGGCCAGGGGCAGCGGCCUGGGCAGUCUGGAUCUGUCGGACCGCGUGGAUGAUCUGGAGCUUGGAGGCCUCAGCAUGGACGUGACGGGCUACAUGAGCGACGGUGACGUGCUGAGCAAGAAUGUGCGCACGGAGGACGUCACCAGCGGCUACAUGACGGAUGGAGGCUUAAGUCUCUACACUCGUCGUCUGAACAGGAUGCCGGACAGCAUGGCCGUUGUGAGGGAGAGUCUCCAUAGAAACGCCUCCACUGGCCAGGGAGAUGCAGACAGCUGGGACGACAGCAGCUCGGUGAGCAGUGGGAUCAGUGACACUAUCGACACCGAUGACAUCAACACCAGCUCCUCCAUCAGCUCCUACGCCAACACGCCGGCCGCCACACGCAAAGCCCUGAGCACACAGCCCCAGACGGACGCGGAGAAGCACUCGGCGGUGGAGCGCCACACGCACUCCUCCUCUGCCCGCUCCAGCGACGAGGUGCGGCGUUCGGACGGGGGCUCGGACAGCGGCGUGAAGAUGGAGGCGGGCUCCAAGUGGCGGCGGAACCCCUCGGACGUCUCGGACGAGUCGGACAAGGGCAGCUCAGGCCGCAAGAUCCCCGCCAUCUCGCAGACGGGCUCCUGGCGCAGGGGCAUGACGGCACAGGUCGGGGUGACCUCGCCACGCACCAAGAGCAUCAGCGGCAACACAGCAGUGGGCACGAUGAAGACACACAGCACUGGUAAAACAGAUGACGCUAAGGUGUCAGAGAAGAGCUGCCUGCCUACACACUCCACCGGCAUCCAGCGAUCGCCCUCCGACGCCGGGCGCAGCAGCGGUGACGAGGGCCUGAGAAAACCCUCAUCCUCCUCCUCCUCAUCUGCCAACGCACGCAUCCCCACCAGCACCUUUGGCUUCAAGAAGGCCGGUGGCUCCGGCGCUAUGGUAACCACCGGUAGCAUCACCAUGGUGACGGCCAGCGGAGCCACCAUCACCAGCGGCUCGGCCACCCUGGGUAAGAUCCCCAAGGCGGGGGGCCGCGGGGGGUCCAUGCUGAAGGGCGGCGCUGAUGCGUCAGGGGGAGGUCCCCAGGAGGAUGGCUAUCUGUCCUCGGCCGCACGGUCUACGCUGCAGUACCGCAGCCUUCCGCGUCCCUCUCGCGCCGGAGCCGCGGCCAGGAACGGCAAUCGAUCCUCCACCAGCAGCAUCGAGUCCGGCUUGAGCGGCCGGGCGCCAGGCCUGUCGGCUCUCACCAGCCCCGCGCACCACAACACACACACACUGUCACACACACAUCCCAACGCUGCAACCACCACCGCCACUGCUGCUAUGGCUGCCCCUAACAGCACCAACAACGCCAUGCCUGCUGCCGCUACAACCAGCUCCGUGCCCAAGGGUAGCAGCAGCACCCUGCCGUCCAACCAGACGGAUCGGGAGAAGGGGGCGACGGACAUGCCGGAUCCCCUAAGGGGAGGCGGUGCCUCCACCAUCCCACAGACCUCCAGGCAACAGGGCAGCAAGUACGCUGAGGUGUCCUCGCCAACGCUGCGCAGGCUGUUCGGUGGCAAGGCCGGCAAGCAGGCCCCAGUCACCACCGCCGAGAGCAUGAAGAACUCAGUGGUGAUCUCCAACCCCCACGCCACCCUGGGCCACACGCACAGCUCGGGGCCCCUGGACUCCCCCUCCUCGGGGGGCCCCACGCAAGCCUCGGCCCCCGGCCCCGGCAGCAGCGGCGCCAGCAGCCCCCUGUACGGCUGCAGCCGAGCCAUGAGCACGGGUGGCAGCACGCUGGGCACGGGCACCCUGGGCAGCGAGCAGGCCUCCAGCCCCGGGUCUGGCUCCAUGUACUCCACGGGCACGGGCACCUGGGGCACCAACAUGAGCACAUCCUCGGCGCUGGGCUACCCGUCCGUGUCCAGCAUGCACACCAGCAGCGAGUCCAUCGACAUGAUGUCCCUGGGCAGCAGUACUGCACCACACCACCGGGGGGACGACGGCCACGCCAGCCUGGCCAGGACAGGCAGCGUCAAGACGGGCAUGUCGGAGAGUCCCCUCUCCUCCCCCUCUGCUAGUCCCAAAUUCAGCCGCAACACAUUGCCACGGAAACAAGAGAGUGACUCCAACAGUGAUAGGAACACUCUUCCCAAGAAGGGCCUCCGGUACAGGUACACGCCCUCGUCUCAGCUGCGUAGCCAUGAGGAGGCACGUGAUUGGCUGCGUUCUCACUCCACCAGCGGCCUGCAGGACUCGGCCAGCAACUCCCCCUUCUCCACCGGCUCCAGCCUCACCUCACCCUCCGGGACCCGCUUCAACUUUGCACAGCUCGCGAGUCCCACGACAGCCGCUCAGAUCAACCUGGCCAGCCUACGCAACAACAGCCUGACCAAUCAGGAUAGCCCGCUGGACCAAGGAGAAUCCCGCCUGCGCAACUCCUGCAUGUCAUUGGACGAGAAGACGAGGACCAUGAGCCGCUCCGGAUCCUUCCGUGACGGUUUUGAGGAAGUUCAUGGCUCGUCUCUAUCUCUGGUGUCCAGCACGUCUUCCAUCUACUCUACGACGGAGGAGAAAUCCCAGUCGGAGAUACGAAAGCUUCGACGAGAGCUUGACGCCUCCCAGGAAAAAGUGUCCGCCCUAACGACGCAGCUCAGCGCCAACGCUCACCUGGUGGCUGCCUUUGAGCAGAGCUUAGCCAACAUGACCAUACGCCUGAAGAACCUCACCAUGACGGCAGAGCAGAAGGACUCGGAGCUAAAUGAGCUCAGGAAGACCAUUGAGCUUCUGAAGAAGCAGAACGCUGUAGCCCAAGCUGCCAUCAAUGGAGUCAUCAACACCCCAGAGAUCACCUCCAAACACGACAAGACAGCUGGCAGCAACGGUUCAGGGCAGCCGGACCUGCGUAUCCGCAGACAGCACUCGUCAGACAGCGUGUCCAGUAUCACCAGCGCCACCAGCCACUCCAGCCUGGGCAGCAACAUGGACAACCCAGACGCCAACAGCAAGAAACAGAAGAAGAAGAACAACUGGUUACGGAGCUCCUUCAAGCAGGCCUUCAGCAAAAAGAAGUCCCCCAAGUCCGCCUCGUCCCACUCGGACAUCGAGGAGAUGACGGACUGCUCUCUGCCCUCCUCCCCCAAGCUGCCCCACCACAACGGCUCAGCCUCCUCCACCCCCCUGCUCAGGAACUCACACUCCAACUCACUGAUGUCUGACUGUAUGGAUGGCGAGGCGGAGACGGUGAUGGUGCUGCGUACGGAGCUCAGGGAGAAGGAGAUGAAGCUGACAGAUAUACGGCUGGAGGCACUGAGCUCCGCCCACCAGCUCGACCAGCUACGCGAAGCCAUGAACCGCAUGCAGUCAGAGAUUGAGAAGCUGAAGGGUGAGAAUGACCGGCUGAAGCUGGAGACCCACGGAGGCAACAGCAGAGCGUCCUCCCAGAGCUCCAUGCACCACCCCAGCUCCGCCCACACCCCCACCCCUGGCCUAUCACAGCACAGCCUCAACCUCACAGACUCCACCAGCUUUGACAUGAUGCUGGAUGACGCCGGGGCUGAUGGGAGUUCUCGUAAGGAGGGCCGGCACGUCAAGAUCGUGGUCAGCCUGGACGAGGACUGCAGAUGGAGAGAGGACUGUCGGCCUCAUGAGUUCCUCAUUGGCUGUAUUGGUGUGAGUGGCAAGACCAAAUGGGAUGUCCUGGAUGGCGUGGUGCGGCGCUUGUUCAAGGAGUACAUCAGGCAUGUGGACCCGGUGAGUCACCUGGGCCUGGGUUCUGACAGCGUGGAGGGCUACCGGAUCGGGGACCUGCUCCGGCCCAGUGGUGCCGAGACGCCAGAACUGCUGCCCUGUGGCUACCUGGUGGGCGACAACGACACCAUCAACAUCUCACUGAAAGGCGUGGCGGAGCAGUCUCAGGACAGCCUGGUGUUCGAGAGCCUGAUCCCCAAGCCCAUGCUGCAGCGCUACCUGUCCCUGCUGCUGGAGCACCGCCGCAUCAUCCUGUCGGGCCCCAGCGGCACAGGCAAGACCCACCUGGCCGCCCGGCUGGCCGAACACCUGGUCAUGAGGGAGGGCCGCCAGCCCUCGGAGGCCACCAUCGCCACCUUCAACGUGGACCACAAGUCCAGCAAGGAGUUGCGGCAGUACCUGUCCAGCCUGGCAGAGCAGUGCAGUGCGGAUGGGCAUCAGGCUGAUCAGGCGCCCCUAGUGGUCAUCCUGGAUAACCUGCACCACGUCAGCUCACUGGGGGAGAUCUUCAAUGGACUGCUCAACUGCAAAUACCAGCGCUGUCCUUACAUCAUCGGUACUAUGAGUCAAGCAACCUCCUCAUCUCCGAACCUUCAACUUCACCACAACUUCAGGUGGGUGCUGUGUGCCAACCACAUGGAGCCAGUGAAGGGCUUCCUGGGCCGCUACCUGCGCAGGAAGUUGAUCGAGACGGAGAUCGGCAGCCGCACCCGCAACCAGGAACUGAUGAAGAUCAUUGAUUGGAUCCCCCGCGUCUGGCAUCAUCUCAACCGCUUCUUAGAGGCUCACAGCUCCUCUGAUGUCACCAUCGGACCCCGUCUGUUCCUGUCCUGCCCCAUGGAUGUGGAUGGAUCCAGAGUGUGGUUCACUGACCUGUGGAACUACUCCAUCAUCCCCUACAUGCUGGAGGCUGUCAGAGAGGGGCUACAGCUGUAUGGUCGCCGGGCUGCAUGGGAAGAUCCGGCCAAGUGGGUGCUGGAGACGUUUCCAUGGACACUCAGUCCCCAUCAGCCUGAUUGGCCAGCGCUGUUGCAGCUCCGCCCAGAGGACGUGGGUUUCGACGGCUACUCCGCCCCCCGGGAGGGCACGUCCUCAAAACCCUCCACACAGAGUGACAGCGACGCUGACCCUCUGAUGAGCAUGUUGAUGCGUCUGAAGGAGGCGGCCAACUGCUCCAGCCCCCAGAGCUACGACAGCGACUCCAACAGCAACAGUCACCAUGACGACCUCCUCGACUCCUCACUGGAGUCCACGCUCUGAUCAACAGUCAUUUUGAACUGUCAUUUUUUAUUUUCCUAAGGACUUUUUUUCCCUUCCUUUUCAAUUGACGUUAUGGCCAAGCGACAAAAAUCCAAUAGCCUCUAAGACCUUGUCUGCAGUGAUGAAUGAACAUUUUUGGGUGCAGGUAACCCAAACCCUAGAAAAAAAUGUGACCACAAAAGACAAGGCAAGAGGAGAACUAAAAAUAAACAUAACACUGCACUACUUCUAUUUUUGCAACUUUGUUUCAAGGGGCUUUUUUCCAAACAAUGUUGGAUGUGAAAAUGGGAGUUGGAAACAAAGAGAAAAGCAUUUAAACACUGUGGAGGGAGUAUUUUUUGUGUCCAAAUCCAUUACCUCACCAAACCCCUUACAUCCCCCAUUUUAGCACCCAGUAAAAAAAAGUUGGUGCUAACAGCCCCCGCUGCAGGCAGUUUUUGUCACGGCAUAGAGCCCAUGGCACAUACACUUAUAGCAGCCUAUAACCGCCAUCACACUCACUGUGUCCUCUACAUUCAACACUGUCCACUCCCACCCCCACCAGCCUAUGUGUACUGUAUGUGGCUGCUCAUGGCGACUCAUGGACACCAUCUCUCCUCCAACCCGCAACUCUUCACCAGACCAGCAGGGGGCACUAAAGCAGAUGUCAUCUCUCUACGUACUACAGCUGUGAGACAGAGGAGUGAUGCACAAGUUCUUCCUGUGAGGAGCACAGCGUAAUAAAUCAAUCACUAAUCGUAGCAUCACUACAGUUGAUUUUUACAAUACCAAGCACACAUGGAAACUGUUCCAAUAAUUCUGCAUCACGAUGUCUGAGAUCUGAGAAGGCACUCACAAUGUGAUCUACAGUGAAGAAUCAGCUCUCCGAUCAGGCCAGGCAGCGGAGACGAGAUCUUCUGAACUGUCAUAGUGGUUCCAGUUUGGAACUCAUGACAGAUGACAACUCUCCUUCUCAGCUCAUCUACAAUAUGAGAUCGUCUGUGCUUGUAUCUUGGGAGAAGGUUGAACUUACAUGACGCGCUUUUUUAUAACCCCAUAUUUACCCUAAACAACUGAGUACCGUAUUUGCCUGCCUAGUGUUUGGUGUGCAAAGCCUUGAAGAAAAGCAGUUUUUGGCCACGUUCGUGAUGGUGCAAUGAUGCUUUUGCUGUGCAGCGCUCAUGCGCACUUUGCCAUUUCAAUGCAUUCUGGUUAGAAAAUUCUAGAAUGCAUUGAAAUGGCAAAGUGUGCAUGCAAACUGCACAGCAAAAGCAGCAAUGCGCCAUCACAAACACGGCCUUUGCCUUCCAGCUGUUGGUUUCCCAUGGUGCAUCACUUCAUCCCCAGCAGAUGCUAAAUGGUUCUGCUGGACCACGUUGUCCUCUGCUCUCUCAAACGGGUAGCUGCAGCACAAGCUUAUACGAGCGUCUGUCUCUCUCUCUCUCUCUCUCUCUCUCUCUCUCUCUCUCUCUCUCUGCUUUUUGGUGCUGAUAUCGGACUAUUAAAAAAAGAAAACAGAUGCCUUAGAUUUUUGUAAUGACGGAUACAAUGUGCAUUAGUAUUGUUUCUUUUGGGGUUUGUUUUGCUACUGAAACACAGGGCUCUGUGAUGCUACAUUCUUUGAACUCCUGGCUGUGAAUUGGCCUCUAAAGGAGUAGCAUCGUUCUUCAUAUCUAAAUACCCAGUGCCGUAUUAUUUAGGAGUUGAGAGUGAAGUUUGUUUGAAAGAAAAGUUGAGCAUCCAGAAAAGUUUGCAUACGCAAUGGUGUAAAUGCACCAUCUUUUUUGGAAUUUUAAGAUGCUACAAGUUGUUAGACACAUGUGUACUGAUCUAGAAAGAUGAACUACAAGUCAGGUUUUUAUUGUUCUAAAGCAAAUCCCCCUUUUUUCUAUGACACGCCAGAUGCCUGAGGGAAAUGUUUCUUAAUUAAUAAGGUCAUUUUUAUACCUCGUUAACCUUUGGGCCUUCUGUCAUGCUUCUUGGGGAACCUGACUGACAGCUUGAGAAACUUCGACUGUAGUCCUGGUGCUACACGUGUGUUGAAAUCACUGCCGGCCAUCCUGUAUGCUGCUCUAUGUUGGCUUUAAUUGAUUGAUUGGCUGAUUAAUUGAUUGAUUGAUUGAUUGAUCAUUGACCGAUUGAGUGGUUGAUCAGUCCGAUUGAAAAAAAAAUGGUAGAAGCUGAAAUGUUGUAGCAUCAACCUGCAUUCUUAAGUUGAAUGGUUUUUGUUUUUGUUUUCUUUUUGUUUGUUUUUUUGUAACACUUAUUUUCCUAUUUUGGGUUUUGAAUUGGAGCUGUGAUCUUUCAGCUCUCUAUCUUCCAUUACAUGUCAGCGUGAGUGUGCCCAGCCUGCCAAUCCUAUGCAACAUCAUUUUGGAUUUCAAAUGGAAGCCAAAUAUCUUGAUUUUAAUUUUGUGUUUUCCUUCUUUUUUAAAUGAACAUUUUCAGCAUGGCCAAGAUCAUGUACAUUGUGUAAAUAUAGUUUGUGAAAAGUUUCCUCAUCGUCAUGAUUUCCCAGGGCUUCGUCUACACAUGCAAGCACAAGAGAUGUCUAUGUUUUUGUUUUGUCUGUAUCCUUGAGUGAAAAUCAGACGUCUGGAUGUCCUACAAGAAAAGCAGACCUAUGGCUGCCAUAGACAUUAGCCUAUAUAAAGUCUGUUGACGCUGUGCUUUUUCCCCUCUUUGUACAGUUUUUGCCUUGUACGAUAAAGCCAUGUAAAUAUUUGCAUAACUGCUGCAGUUCCAAUGUUAUUUUCAAGCCAUUUAUUAGCAGAGCUUGAGUAUACAUACAUACUUCUGAGUAUUUUAUGAACAGUCCUUUAUUGAUCUACCAGGUGUUUAUAGUUCAUCGCCAAUUAAACUGUAAAAAGAGCAAGUGGACUGAACUAUGAAUCUGAUGAUCUCUGUAACAGUCUUAAAUUAUUUGUAAUUCAAUAAAUGAUUAUUUAUUCAUAGUAGAAAAAAUGAUAUGUGAUUAUGUUGAUGGGAAAUGUAUUCUUGAUAGGGGGUUGUUUUGUAUUUCUGGUACUUCCCCUUUUAAGAUUUGAAUUUUAAGAGGGAGGUUACUGGAGUGAAGCAUGCCUUUCCCAAGCAAUAAACA